UUUUCGGUUACUUACGGUAAGGUGGACCCGCAGUGUCCACUAAAGGAUCAGGUGAUCCACUAACUACGACGCCAAGGCUGACUGGGGAAAAUGCAAAAUGACAUAUAGCAAAUGUCGGAGCGUAAUUCAUUCACGUUUCGGGCUCAAACUGGGAUUAAACCGCACGGCUGGAGCUCCAAUGUAACGAUGGCGCGUUAGGGCUGGUAGCGCCACUGCGAUUUUUGGAUCUUUUAAUUUAUGAGAAAUCCCAUUCACAGACACAUAUUGUUUCAACAUGGGGCUGUGCUACAGUCUGCGUCCCCGGCUCUUCGGGGACCUGAGCGGCUCUAUCUCAAACGCCACCUCGGACUCGGAACAGCCGCCGGACGCCGCGGUACCGAGCCGUGCCGGGGCCGCUCGCUCGGAGGACACCGCCGGGACUGGGGAGACCUCCGCGCUGCGCCCCGGGGAGCACCGCCGAGCGGACACGGGCACCGACGGCGUGCUGAUCCAAAACGGAGGCGGCGGAGGCAGCGGAAAGGGCACGGGCAAAGAGCGCGGCCGCCGCUUACAGCUGCUCCAAAAGACUAGCGCACAGAAGCAGAAAAACUGGGAUAAAUUAUUGGUGGAGGAAAAGGAGGCCGAGAAGGAGGCGAAGAAAGUCAGUAAAAACAUUGACAGGGCACUGAAGGAGCUCAAGCGGGAGUACAAACAGACGCAUCGACUGCUGCUGCUCGGUGCGGGAGAGUCCGGAAAGAGCACCAUUGUAAAGCAGAUGAGAAUCCUACACGUCAAUGGAUUCAACGCGGAAGAAAAGAAACAGAAAAUCCAAGAUAUCCGGAAAAACGUGAAGGAUGCAAUAGUGACUAUAGUGUCGGCGAUGAGCACUUUAAUACCCCCAGUCCCGCUAGCCAACCCAGAGGACCAAUUCAGAAUCGAAUACAUCAAAAGCAUAGCACCGCUUUCGGACUUCGACUAUCCACAGGAGUUCUUUGACCACGCAAAGAAGCUAUGGGACGAUGAAGGAGUCAAGGCCUGUUUUGAGAGGUCAAACGAGUACCAGCUCAUCGACUGCGCACAAUAUUUUCUGGACAGAAUCGACUCGGUAAGACAGAGCGACUACACACCCACGGACCAGGACCUUCUACGCUGCCGAGUGUUAACUUCAGGGAUUUUCGAGACGCGGUUCCAAGUAGAUAAAGUCAACUUUCACAUGUUCGACGUUGGAGGCCAGAGAGACGAGAGGAGAAAAUGGAUCCAAUGCUUUAAUGAUGUCACUGCGAUCAUCUUUGUGGUGGCCAGCAGCAGCUAUAACAUGGUAAUAAGGGAAGACAACAACACCAACAGACUACGGGAAGCACUCGACCUCUUCCGCAGCAUUUGGAACAACAGAUGGUUACGCACUAUAUCGGUCAUAUUAUUCCUGAACAAGCAGGACAUGUUGGCCGAGAAAGUAUUAGCUGGAAAAUCUAAAAUCGAAGACUACUUUCCUGAAUAUGCUCGCUACACCAUACCAAAUGAAGCCACCCCUGAACCCGGCGAGGACCCAAGAGUCACAAGAGCUAAGUUUUUCAUCCGGGACGAGUUUCUUCGGAUCAGCACUGCAAGUGGGGACGGCCGGCACUACUGCUACCCUCACUUCACCUGCGCUGUGGACACAGAAAACAUCCGCCGCGUGUUCAACGACUGCAGAGACAUCAUACAGAGAAUGCACCUGCGCCAGUACGAACUCUUGUGAUGGUCACGCCCCCAAAGCCCCUUAGCCCCGCCCCCAAACAACCCAUAAGCCCCGCCCCUCUGACCUCUGACCUGCCCUGGGACGAUGAAGUACUACUGAAGUGUGUCAAAAUCCUCUUCUUAGCUUUUUCUACGUUUUUCUCAAUGAUGGAAUUGUUGGAGUUUUUGAAGACAUUUGGGGAACAAGUUUGUCGUGUGCCGCUGGUUUAUUUCGAUUUUUCCAUAAAAACGCCUUGAUUUUAAAUGUCAUUCCACUAAAAGAGCCUUGCGCUACCUCCUUAAUUUUGCCCCUUUGUGUCUUUUUCUUUUUUUUUUUUUUUUUCAUAAUUUUAGUUUAUUUUUCAACUUCCUUCGGACCUAAUUUGUUGGGUGUGAAACUUGAAACCAACCGGACCUCAUUGUAGAGGCUAGGCGUGCUACGAAGAAGAUUUUGUGUGAAAAUGUCUGGCAACCUCCGUAACUUUUCCCAAUAUAUAUUUUUGAAGGAGAAAGACAAACGUAUGAAGAUUUAAAUGCACUUUGCUUCAGGUUCCUUAAUAAUUUUGUUUUUUCAAAUUUUUAUUUUGAAUUUUUUUUUUUUUUUUUUGUCCAGAGGAAGCAUACACACACAAUGUAGCAUCACUAUAUUUAUUAACCCUGGUGUUAACUCGAGGGGCGAAUGGAGGAGAUUUUUUUUUGGAAAAUUUUGUUUUUUGAAGGAUUAUUCUAACACGGGACUGAGUUUGCACCUUAGCCCCCCUCUCUACAAACUCCAAAAAUACCACCCAGCCCUUUCCGCUUUCAGACAGGAGGGACCACGAAGCGAAAGAUGAUGAAUUUCUUUCUUUUUUUUUUUCCUUUUUUUUGUUUAACUUGUACACUGUGCAAGGUUGGGUUAUCCUGUACAGACUGUAAAAUGUAAUAUUAUUUUGUACAACCUAAUUGAAAGAAAAACAAAUCUACUUGUAGAUCUUUGUGCCUUGAAUAUGGCUGUACUUGUAAUAUGAGCUCCUGUAAGUAUGUUUUUUUGACUGCGCUGUACAGCUUUGAUGUCAACCUCUAUCUGCAGCCGACAAUGACUGCGGGUGGGGCAAUUUCUCUGUAGAAAUUAGUUUUUUCUGGUUUAUAAAAAAAAUCUGAAAUUCUGUUUAGUAAAAAAUAAAAAAAUAGGGAAAACUCCUUAAAAACCUGUAUACAUUAUGCAAAAUUAACCACUUACCUGCAGUGAAGACAGCGCCAUGCCUUUUUGUUUCUUCUCUCUCUCUUUUGGUUUUAACUCCUCCUUUCAUUUUAUUUGACAAAUAUUAUUAUAAUGAUUUGAAUUUCACAGCUUUAAACAGACAUUGGAAAUCCAUUGUUUUUUGAUAGGACUUUUGCAGUAUGCGUGAGGUGUAUAUAAAGACAUAGGCAUAGACGGUGAGUUUCUAUGCCGGAGUGAGAGAGACUUUUCUUAAUGUAUGUACGUGUAAAUUUAUAGCUCUAUUAUAAAUAUUAAUGUACAAUUCAACCUGUUUAAUUAUGUGUGUGCCUAUAGAGUAUGUAUACAAGAACAGUAUGCAUAUGAUAGGAAAGCAUGUCUAGAGAAUGGUGAAAAUGAGGGCGUGCAAUAUUACUACUAACCCUUUUCGGUCCUUUUGGCGCCCUCUACUGGCACAGGCACUAAAUGAAUGUGUGAGCAGCACCGACUACAGCUCUUCUUCUUGUCCCCCCCUCCCCUCCCCCUGUGUACAAACAGCAUCAGCCUUUCUCUCUUACGGCACGUCCACCCCCCCUACAGGCAGACAGAGUGAACUGACCAGGCCGAUGACAAAUGACAUUUUUAUUUUCUCUAAAUAAAGAGGCACAUUAGCGGA